AAGAUAUAUAGAAGAAGAAGAUACAUAUGUGAGGAGUGACUAGCAGUCUAAGGAGGAGGAAAUCCCUACAGAUAUCAGCACAGGCGAGAGGAAGGCAUCUACUGAGCAGGAGACAAGUAGUGUUGAGCAGGACCCAGAGCCCUAUCUCAGUGCCUUCAUUCUCACUCGCUGAUACAUGAGAGAGACAAUGAGCAGAAGAUCCUGGAACUCACCAACAAGAUCAUUCAGCUGCUGACUGGAGAGAUAUAUCCAGUAACAGAAAUACCCCUGAGAAAUGUCCCCGUCCUCCUAAUUCCCAGGAUUGUACAAAGAGAAAUCUCAGGACCGCACAGGAGGAUCAGGGUACAGGUCUGCCCACUAUUAAGGUAGAAGAUAUAGAAGGAGGAGAGACGUAUGUGAGGGGUGACCAGCACUGUAAGGAGGAGGAAAUCCCUACAGAUAUCAGCACAGCAGAUGGAUGUAACAGAAGAAAUAUACCCCAGGAACAUCUUGUUUUAUCUCCAGACUGUGAAAUAGAAGAUAUCACAAGAAAUUCUCCAGGAGAAAACCCUUUUAUCCUAAUUAUGCAUUCAGUACUCCACCGUGCAGAUAUGUCAUCUGAUCUCUCUUCUCAUGAGGAAUAUUGUACUGAUAACUCGGAUAUUGGUCUAUCUGUUACAGCUCUUACAGUAGAUAAGGUAUUUCCUAAUAAUGCAGAUGAUAAAUGUAUUUCACAGGACACAAAGCUUAUUGCCCACAAGCCAAAUAAGAAACGUGGGAAGCGAUUUUCAUGUUCUCAGUGUGAGAAAUGUUUUAGAGAUAAAUCAGCUCUUGUUAUACAUGAGAGAACUCACACAAGGGAGAAACCAUUUGAAUGUUGUGAGUGUGGGAAAAGUUUUGCAGUCAAAUCUGCUCUUGUUACACAUGAAAGAAGUCACACAGGUGAGAAACCAUUUAGAUGUUCUGAGUGUGGGAAAUGUUUUACAAUGAAAGCAUCUCUUGUUUCACAUCAAACAGUGCACACUGGUGUGAAGCCUUUUUCAUGUUCUGAGUGUGGGAAAUGUUUUAGAGUCAAGUCGGCUCUUCUUAUACAUCAGAGAACUCACACAGAUGAGAAACCAUUUUCAUGUACUGAGUGUGGGAAAUGUUUUACACAGAAACCACAUCUUGCUACACAUCAGAAAACUCACACAGGUGAGAAGCCAUUUUCAUGUUCUGAGUGUGGAAAAUGUUUCAGAGAAAAAUCACAUCUUGUUGUACACGAGAGAAGUCACACAGGUGAGAACCAAUAUUCAUGUUCAGAGUGUGGAAAAUGUUUAAGAUACAAAUCAUCUCUUCUUAUACAUCAGAGAAUUCACACAGGUGAGAAUACAUUUUCAUGUUCUGAGUGUGGGAAAUGUUUUACAAGCAAACCACAUCUUGUUAGACAUGAGAGAAUUCACACAGGUGAGUCCUUUUCAUGUUCUGAGUGUGGAAAAUGUUUCUUUGGGGACAAAUCAGCUCUUGCUAUACAUCAGAGACAUCAUACAGGUGUGAAGCCAUUUCCAUGCUCUGAGUGUGGGAAAUGUUUUAUACAGAAAUCGGCACUUGUUUCACAUCAGAAAGUUCAUACAGGUGAGAAGCCGUUUCCAUGCUCCGAAUGUGAAAAAUGUUUUAGAAACAAAUCGCAACUUGUUGUACAUCAGAGAGUUCAUACAGGUGAGAAGCCAUUUCCAUGUUCUGAGUGUGGGAAACGUUUUAGUGAAAAAGCAUCUCUCGUUAUGCACGAGCGAAUUCACACUGGUGAGAAACCAUUUUCAUGCUCAGAGUGUGAGAAAUGUUUUUCAGAAAAAUCUCAGCUUUUUAGACAUCAAAGAACUCACACAGGUGAGAAGCCAUAUUCAUGUGCUGAGUGUGGGAAAUGUUUUUCAGACAAAUCUGCUCUUGCAACACACAAGAGAAGUCACACAGGGGAGAAACCAUUUUCAUGUGCUGAGUGUGGGAAAUGUUUUAUAAAUAAAUCUUCUCUUGUUGAGCAUGAGAGAACUCACACAGGUGAGAAACCAUUUUCAUGCUCGGAGUGUGAGAAAUGUUUUACACGGAAAUCAUAUCUCGUUUCACAUCAGAGAUCUCACACAGGUGAGAAGCCAAUUUCAUGUUCUAACUGAGGAAAAUGACAUUAAUCUGAUCUUGUUAGACAUUUCAUUAUUCACACCAUUUUAGACGGGUGAAAUAUAGGAAAGUAUUUUCUCUAAAGAACGAAUGUUACGUAUAAUUUUUCCUGAGACGGGCUCUUCAUUUAAUUCACAUUUUUAGUUUUUGUUGUAUAAAGGGUUGAGGUGGCAGCAUAUGUGCUACUGUUAAAAUUGUAUCUCUUAUGUUUGUAAUUUUUUUCACUGUCAGCAAGGCUGGUGGGACACCGGGCCAUGGGGAUUGCAGGAUGGACAGGAGUUUGGCACUUAAACUACCGUUACUUUAAUUGUAAGCUCCUCCAUGCAACCCGAUAAUGCCAGUUUCUUUUAGGUGCCUUAAGGAGAUAGGGCACGUUUUGGAAGGCUGCUAUGCAUCCUCUUAUAGAUACGUAAUUUUAUGUUUUUAUUUGUAACUUUUACUUUCUAGUUUUGUGCUAUGCGCAGCUUGUAACCGCACACAUCUUCAGUCUACCCUUGCAGAGUCGGCGUUGGCACUGGCUCUGGAUUAGUCGGUCUCUGACUUGGUGAAGCUUGUAGUGCUUCAGUAAGAGGAUCAAGUUAAGGCAGCUGCUGCACCUGUUCCCUUAAUGUGUGGUUUUCUGUUGCCAGCUCCUGGCAGGGCGACUCCCCAGUCGGUGUCUGAUCCACCUUGGUUCCUCACCAUGGCGUGAAUGGCAUCAGGGUUUGAAAAAGUUUCCUCUUGGAACACUUUUUCAAGGAUCCACAGCUGCGUGCGAUGCAUAAGUGUCUUCCUCCUUCCAGGGCUCUAAUUGGAAGUUUCGGAUUCAGAGGAGGGUGAACUUCCGGAGACUAAUGUCCCGGAGCGUGAGGACCUAGAGUCUUGCUCCAGUCCAGUCAACGGUCUGGACAUACCUCCGUUGUCCAGAUCGCGCCCCGCCAACGGCAUUCUAUUGCCGUUGGCACGCCUCCUCCCGCGGCCGCCUCUGCCUGUCAAUCAGGCAGAGGGGAUCGCAGCCAGUAAGGUGCUGAUAGCAUUUCAGUGGGCUUCCGGGGUGCGCAUGCGCAGUCCAGCCGCUGCACGUGCGCUCUCUACACAGUAAUUCAGACUGUGAUCGCUGCAGCGAUGCAGUCUGAAUUACCCUCCUGGGCAUUUAUAUCACACCGAUGAAGCAUACAAGUUUUUGAGAUUGAAGAACACACAAGGAUUUCAGUUAGGUCUUUGUAGUCCAUCUUUAGUGGUAGAGCAGCAACCAAAUUUUCUCUGACGUCCUAGUGGAUGCUGGGAACUCCGUAAGGACCA